AUGGUGAACGCAGCAAGUAAUUUAAGAAGCCUGUGUUUUGGAGCUCUCAAAGGCAUUAACAAGAAGUGCGAGGAGGAGAAUGACGUGAGGGAGGCGGAGGAGGAAGACGAAGGGGGCGGAGAAGAGGGAGAUGGCGAAGGGGGAGGCGGUGCAGAAAUAGGCGGUGAAGGAAUACUCGGCGAGGGGGAAGGUGUUUCCGAGGAAUACACUGCAGGGGAAUGCUGCGCGGAGGAAGGCGGUGAGGACGAAGAAAGGGGGAGCAUGCACAACCACGCGACAUAUAUCGGAAGCAGUGUAGAAAAGAACACGAAAACGGAUUACACGUUCGAUGGUAACAAUUGUGUGGACGCCAACGAGGAAGAUGCUACGCACAAUGACCAGCACUACCACGAGGGCGAGGAGAAGUGUACUCUUAACGUGAGUACCGGCGGGGUUAGUUCCAGUAGCACCACUGCGACUCCCCCCUGUGAAGUUAAAGCGGAUGACCCGAGUUACUGCGCCAGUGGCAGUAACCGGCGGGAGCGAAGCUCCAACUUAAACGCCACGGUGUUUGAAGAGACCCAUAACGGGGCAAAUAUAUUCAUUGAGAAGAAGAACAAGGGAGGUCCCGUCGAGCACAGCUUAAAUGCAGAUGUGAACCUCAGCACAGAUGCAGACAUGGGUCUCAACGCGUUCAAAAAUGCGAGCGUGUAUAACGGCACGAAGGUGUGUGACGGUCCCGACAUGUGGAGCAGCUUCAGCACGGGCAACCCCGUCGGCGCUGGAAACCCCGCCAGCACGCCCAGCAUCGACGCGUACAACAACACGGGGUACCUCUACUCGGGGGAAGUCCCCUCACGUAGCGGCGCUGCUGAGAAGUUGGCGGCGACUGGGGCAGCGACGGGGAUAGCCGUGAAGGAACCCCGGAAGGAGCUGCGGAAUGAACUGCGGAAGGAAAAGCACAGCGCGGAGGAAGACUGGGGCGAUAGACGUGAAAGCAAAAUGUAUAACCGUCGAGCCUCAGAAAAAGUAAUGCGAAAGAGAAUAAAUGCUCACAGGGGCAUCCACGACGCUGCAUCAACAGCGAAUUCAGUUCAUGUGGAGAGGGUGCUGAUGGAAUAUUACCGAGGAAAGACUAAGUCUAAUAAUUACGAAGAAAAGUUGUCUAAUUCCUGUCGAUUCUUCAUUUACACAUCUAAUCCGUAUAACGCGGACAUCAAAAUGAUUAAGGAGAGCUGCCUGACCAUAUAUCAGCUUCUGUAUAGAGAAAAAAGAAAGUGGUGCUCCAUCUACAUUUGCACAAAUGAUGGACCCAUGUCAAAUUUUAAUUAUCAUUUGUAUAAAAUUCUCUGCGGUACGGAAGACAUCUACAUGUAUUUUUUUCUGUUGAAGAAGUUUAUUUUUUCUUGUUACAUCUAUUUCAAUUUGGUGAGUAUAAAAAUCUUUUCGACCUUCAACAACAGGGGGGAAAAUAUUAUGCUUUACGAUUUUACGCACAUAAUAAAUCGGAAGAAUACCUUUUUAGGCGAGUCUCCCGGUGGCUCUGGUACUCCCUACAGCUGCGGGGGCGCCGAGCAACGGCCGCAGUGGGAGCAGUUGUCACAGAAGUCGCCACGGCAGUCCCCGCGGCAGUCCCCGAGGCAGUCCCCACGGCAGUCCCCAAGACAGUCCCCAAUGCAGUCACCACGCCAAUCGCCAAUGCAGUCGCCACGCCAGUCUUCACCACAGCCGUCGCACUCCCCAAGGCAGUCUUCUCCACUGGCGCCGCCGCAACUGCCAACCCUGCUGCCAACCGUGCUGGAUACCAAUCGGGGGAGAAGCCCGUCCCCCAGCGGAGGCCCAAACGGGCAGCACGCCAACCCGUUCGGCCCCAGCACGUGGGAAAACCAAGCGGAGGAGUGGAGCCGCGAAACAGAAACCCCCCCACAGAGGAGCAGAAGCAGCAUAUACAACCUGGGCAGCGAAAACGGCAAAAGUGAAGAAGAGGCCCAGUUUCUAAAUUUUCUCUAUGACCCCUGCAAACAUUUAUAUGUUAACAAGGUCAAUACAAGUCAAAAUUAUUUUCACUUUUUUAAUAAGGAGCAAUCGUCAGAUAUAAAAAAAAAACUGCAGCUUUUUAUUAGUACCCACUCCCCCACCAUGAUUAACAUCACCAAAAAAUGGAACUCCUUUUACAUCAACAAGAAUAAAAUUUCUUCCUUCGUUGAGAAGUACAAAGAUGUGAGUUGUGCCCCUGGAGAUAACUUCAAAAAGAAUGGCACGGAGAAGUUUAUAAAUGAAUUUGUGGAAACUUUCUGUGACAUUAGAGAGGAGGGGCGACGACCAACCAGGGGGAACAAAAACAACGUAGUGGUUCGUCAACAUGGUAAAGGAAUGCACCUUCGGAGGGGAAGUACCUCCAGAAAGGCCUUCAGUUGGUUGGCGAAGCAUGGAAGAGGGAGACCACCUAUAAGAAAGAAGGAGUAUGACGCGGGGAACACACGUUGGCCACACAAACUUAGAAGAGCUGUCACUACUGUGGAUGAAAGUGCGGAGCUCAGCGACAAGAACUGCAGUCAUGAGAGAAGCGGCAGCUAUGGAGACCGCUCAGGAAGAAGCUACGGGCAUGUCGAUGAAAAAGUGAGGAGUGUAUCCGCAACGGGGAGCACACACCAUCAUACGGGUGGGAAAUUCGAAUGGAGAGGUGAAACUGCAGCAGAGGGGAAGAACCCCCCAAAUGCACAGAAGCAAUGUGAAGGGAAUUCCCCCAGUAAGCACGCCAACAUGAAGGCGCCCCAAGCGACUGAAAGGAAGAACAAGAAAAGCCUCCCCCCCCCUCCUGUGAUGGAGCAAAAUAGGGUAGUACCCAAUUAUACUCCCACUUCACAGUGGUACAAGGGAGGCAGGAGCACUUCAGGGUGCACUGCAGAAGUUAUUGCAAAGUUCCUGGGGAGUGUAAACAUUAGGAGAAGUGGCAUCCUGCUGCGUAGGGGGGGUGGAAGUACAGGUAGCGACAGUGAUAGUGGCAGCGCGAGGGGGAGCGACUCUAAUGAGGAUAGUUGUGACAGCGAUGAGCAGAACACAGAGAGUGAGUCUGCCUUCGAGGGAAGGAAAAAUAGCAAAACUGAGGAAGGGGUGGCCGCAAAAGGGGCGGAAAAUGGAACUGCGAAAGGAGCGGAUGGCAGCCCGCGCAACAAAGAGCAUCCCCGUAAUGAUAUCUUUUUAAACAACCUAAACAUAUUGAUAGCCGAUUUGAACGAGCUGUAUGAUUAUUUGGAGAACUGCCGGUACAGGGAGGGGGCGCAUGGCGUCGGUAUGGGGGGAAAUAAUAGCUUCCUCGUGAGCGACCCCAAGGGGAGCUACUACUACAGCUUAGCCAAGGGGGGCAAUGGAGGCGUUGAGUGGGAAGCUGCAGAGGAGGCGCAGCACGGGGGAGCACCUAGCAGAGGCGAUUUGAACAGAAGGUUCACAGCGGAGAGGGACUUCGCCAACUUUUACGCGGCAGGCUCGUCAUGCGUAGAGGGCACCUACAGCGAUGCACCGAACAGCGAAACGAGCAACACGUACGGAAGCGGGAAGGAAGAUUUUUACAACGUGGAAAUUUCCUCUGUAGAUUUGAAGAGCUUCUGUUCUGUCUGCUCAGGAAUAAAAUAUGACAAUUUUGAAAGUCAUUUAAAUCAACCCAAAAAUGUUAAUUACAAAAAAUUGGAAGUUUUUAUGAAAGAAAGUGACUUCUUCUGUAAUUGUAAUAAUAUUAACAUUUUUCAAAAUGAAAAUGGGAACCCUAAUGAUGAUUUAAAAAUUUGUUUCAAUGGGGAAAUGACGUCGGAAGAAUAUUACAUGUUAAGAAAAAAUGAUAUUGAAAAAAUGAACAGGACUAUAGACGAAAUUAUCUAUAUGAAUCAUCAACAGGGGUUGGGCAGCCCGGGUGGAGGCACAGACGGAGGGCUACUACCAUACGAGGAAGAGGAAGAAGAAGAGGAGGAAGAAGAAGAGGAAGAAGAAGACGAAGAAGAGGAGGAAGAUGAAGGCAGAACUAAAGCCGUUGUAAGGACUAGAAGGAGAUCUACAAGUGUUGGUGGAGGAGCGGUAGGUAUAACCACCGGCCCUGGAAGAAGAAGAGGACGUGUAGCCAAAAUGGAACUUAAAAGUAGAUACAUGGGAAGGGGAAAAAAUAAAAUCUGGGCCAAUAAUACCGCGGCGAAGGAUCUAAGCAACAAAUCAGCAACGAAUCGAGAGCUAAGAACGAUGAGGAGAAGCAAAUUUGGAAAAUACCAUCAACAGACGGAGAAGAAAAACAAAACUGCGAAAUCUUUGUCGUCACCACAAAAUUAUGAAAUAAAAUCGUCAAGAGUUAAGAAGCUAGAAAAGUUUACUAGUGUGGAUCAGGAGAAUCUGCGAGAGGUUUUUGGGCCAACCGGUGUUUCGGGAGUUUAUUUUGAAAAAAGCAGAAGCAGCUGGACAGCCCAGUAUAAAGUUAGCGGUGGGAAGAGGAGAGCCAAAAGAUUCUUGGUUACCAAAAAUAUGACUUACGAAGAAAUUGAAAAUGUUAAGCAGCAGUGCAUAGCUUAUAGGAAGCAAAUGGAAAAGGAGUACAUCAAGGAAUUUCUUAACGACGAUAAGAAGAAGACCCCUUCCAGUGGCGCCAGCCCCAGCAGUACGAUUGGGCACGUGCCGGUUAAGAAGAACAAGCGGAAGAGGAAGAUGAAGAGCUUUUACGACAACUAA